GAGAAGUGGCUAUAACUGUAAGCGUGAGACAUUAUCGGCAGUGUUUUAGUGGAUGACUGCCACCCCGCGCUAUACAUAAAGUAACUUGAUCAAGUGAUUUUGGGGAACUCACUUCGUUUCUCAUCCUUGCGCACUCGUGUCUUGGAAGGAUUCGCUCUGGCUCCCUUGCAUAAAUUCAUGCUCGCUGCAGCCGCUGUCGAUCUUGUCUUCGACGAAGAUGAUUGGCUAUCCCCAGCCCCCCCUUUGCUGUACAGGUCAACAAGUAUCGGAAAUAGUUGGGGGGUCACCUCGAUAGGUCGCGGCUUUGAUUGGUCUGUGAAAGAUGAUGACAAAGUCGAUGUCAUAUCACAACCUCAAUGUCCAUUAGAGAAGAAGCCACCAAAUAUUUCACAGGAUCUUCCAAAGCGCGAAGACUCUAAUAAGCCCGCAAUGGCUACCCGACCAUCUCUAUUGGUUUCCCCAGUUUCUGUCCGACUACUUUCUGAAGCCCAAUUUUCUUCUCUCGGCCAUGGACCCGUGACGAUAUCUCCAUCUGCAUCUACUCCCAACCUAACGGACUCUCCGAUCUCGGACUAUCCGUCUCGUUCACUGUCGCGCUUGUCUUUACAUUCAGCAACUCCUCUUCAGCCGAACGUAUCUGAAGCUCAUCGUCCGCCACUUCCCCGUUCUCCUACCCUACCACGACCCCGAAGGAGGUCUUCACAGCAGCGUGUCUCACUCAUCGCAGGACGCGUUUUGAUAGCGCCAAUAGAGCCGCCUUCACCGCCUCCUAUGAUGCCCCAAAUUCUCCAUCGAUCAGAAAGCACCGGAAGUCUUUUGCGCUCCGUUGCGAGUACUGGUCCUCCGACUCCCGCUCGUGAAGCCGCCUCAUUACCCGAUGUCAGGACUAUAUCAGACUUUUUCAUCGAGGGUGAGAUCGGCCGAGGGGCAUACGGCCUCGUCAAAAGAGUACGCGAAUACAAAACAGAUGGAUCUCUUGGGCCACCAUUAGUCUUGAAACAAAUAAUCAAGUCUCGCAUCCUUGCUGACUGUUGGAAACGACAUCCACGGUUUGGCACGAUACCCAUAGAAAUAUUCGUUAUGUCUGUAAUAUCAUCGACGUCGUACACCCUGCCCGCGAUACGGCCAUGGGAUCCGUCACGGCAUCGGCCUUCAACUCGAAUCGAUGGGGAAACAGAAUGCUCGCAGCCUGAUUGCGCUUGUGUACAUCGCGAUGGAAGGUGGGAAGAGGGAAAAGAAGUUAAAGGACAUCCAAAUAUCUGCCCUCUGCUGGAUUUCUUCGAAGACAACCACUAUUAUUAUCUUGUCCUACCGUCUUCCACGCCUGAACAGAAAUUGGACGAGUCGCCUCCUCCAACAGAUCUAUUUGACCUUGUCGAGGCCUAUCCUCAAGGUCUUCCGCCCUUUGACGUUCGCAGCUAUCUUGGACAGCUUGCAGAUGCUCUAUGUUUCCUGCACUCUCAUGGGAUAGUUCAUCGAGACAUAAAGGACGAGAAUGUUGUCCUUGGGCCAGUUGGUAAAUGCAUCUUGAUAGACUUCGGAAGUUCGGGACUCGUGAAGAAGAAUGGAUGGGAUACAUUCAGUGGGACAUUGGACUAUGCGGGCCCUGAAAUACUUCGCGGGGAGCGGUAUUACGGGAAGGAGCAAGAUGUAUGGGCGUUUGGCAUUGUGGCGUACGUCCUUCUUGUAGGAGAAUGCCCCUUCGUUACGGCAGCUGAAGCACAAGAGGGGUUGACCUCACCGUUCGCCAACGCGUCUAUUGCGCUGGAUGAGCGGUGCGGUGAUGAUAAGGAGAAAGAAGGAGAAGAGGAUGAUGGUGGUGGAGCAGCAGGAGAUGCUGCAGCCCUUGUCAGGGCUUGCUUGCAAGUAGACGUGGGUGCGAGACCUACGUUUGAGAGCAUUCUCCAGUGCCGAUUUCUGAAAGGGGGAAAGGGUUGGGGGAUGGAGCUGCCCAUUGGCAAUCAUCAGCACAUAUCUCCACAACCGAGCGCAUUUCCAGCGCGUGUCACUUGAUCGAAGGUAAUGAGGCAAUCGUUUUGUCAGACACUUACUGAUCCUCAUGAUGAUCUGUUCGGAUUCUCAUAAUUGAUUGGCCUGUUGACCUUGAUCUAUCUUUGCUCUCCGAAAUCUCUCCUUUUACGUCAUUUCUUUUUAUCACAAUCCAUCAGCAUCGAUCUGCCAUGA